AUGGCGACCAAUCCCGCGAAUGCGAAUCCGGCCCGGAAUGAGUUCUUCCAGCAGCUCAAACCAUGCUGUGUCUCGAUUAGUCAGCUAGCAAUUCGACAACAAGGAGAUUCGUCUACCUUCAAACGACUCUCUGAGUUGACUGACGAGUUGUACCGCAUUCUCAACGAUCAAGUCAAUAGAGAUGUCACCGUUCUGGAUUCAAAGCUUGCUGAUUACGUCUUUUUCCCGCUCUCUUCUAUCUUCCGCAGUCACGAUCAGUACCCCAAGCGCUUAAUCGAGCUUGCCAUCAAGUGUCUUACCGUUAUCAUUAUUCAUGGCUGGAAGUCCAACAUCUCGCCCCAGAUCUUGCAGCAGCUCCUCAUACUUCUCACGUUCAUCGUUGGAGGAGUGCCUGGCCAAGAGAGAGAGCACGACGUGCCCGAGGAAACCGAGCUUGAAUCGCUGAGAGCAUUGACUGCUCUUGUUACCGUGGCUGGGACGUCCAGCACAGCAGCAACGGCUCUGACCGAGGAGAAAUUGGUGCCAACUCUGGGCCAUACCAUCACGGUACUCCUGGGGUGCGCAGCGGAUGGAAGAACGUCAUCUAUUCAGCUUGAGGCUCUGCGUACCCUUAGCUGCUUCUACACGAGCAUCAAGGACCAUGCCGCCCUUGCAUCGUUUCUUCCUGGCCUCGUCUCUAGCCUGACAAAACUUCUUGCCAAGCCCCAGAGAGAGAAGACGCGAGUCUUGGUCGGUUCUAUCCAAUCGUUGGGACUAGUGCUAGUCAAAGUUCUUGGCGAUGUCAGAACCCGGAGCAUCACCGCAAAACUGAACUCAGAUACUCCAACAGAGGCCGAACAAGGGGGUGUACUGAGCCCAUCAUGGCUCAACGCGACAAAAUCACAAAUCAAGCUGGCUUUGGCAACAGUCUUGAAACUCCGAACAAGCGAUAAUCCAGACGUACGCGAGGCGCUGCUAGCAUUCUGCCUUGUACUUCUCGACGAAUGUCAUACCUCCCUAGAAAAUUCCUCCUCCGUAUUGGUGGAGACAGCCAUAGUCCUCUCGCCAACACAUUCAACGACGUCUUUGACCGGUACAAGUCUUCAAGAUUUAGCCAUCAUCUAUCCUGAACUCGGCGAGACAGUGAAGGUCACUUGUUACAAUUGGAUCACCAGCUUGCCCAGGAUCAUGCAGUCUGCCGACGAAAGCAAGAAACAGGCCGCCGUCCGAAACUUGAUGAAGGGCAUGGCUCUUGUCAGUAGUCUUCAGUUGGAUUCUUCACUAUUGGACGAGUCAAUAGCGGCGGCUCUAAAGGACAGUGUCACGUCUCUCAUAACUGGAGCGAAGCCUAGCAAGAUCCUGGAUGAAACAACGCCGGAUGCUUCAUGGUACAACCAAGAUAUCGUGAGAGUAGGAGAUACUCCAAAGCAAUAUUCAAACGUGUUGUUGGGUGAGGAGAGUCAGGUUGAAACGAGGUCAGCCAUGAUUGACUUGCUCUCCAACGUUGGACCCGCCUCGCAGCAGACCAGGCUUGCUGCCGAAAUGCUAGAUCACGCCAGGGACUUGUCAGGCGAUGCUCAGAUAGCCUCUUUCUGGCUGAGCUUCGAACUCCUCAAGGCCGCAUUUUCCCGUUCUAACGAGCUCGAUGAUCUCCUAGACUUCUCUUCACUGGGCUCCGGGGGCGAGGAUUCCGAAACCACCUUCCAGGAAUUGUAUGCGUUCGCCGUUGUUUUGCUCGAUUCACACUCUGAACUUUCUGAGAUCGAUUGGAGGCUCGAGGCCACAGCACUGGAAGUAACCGCCUUCGCAGCAUCUCGAUCAGGUGAAGCCUUCAGGCCAGAACUCAUUGACGUGCUGUAUCCUACAACAGCCUUCCUUGGCUCUGCGAGCUCACAACUAAGAGAGCAUGCAAUCACGACCCUGAACGUUCUUGCUGUAUCGUGCGGGUACACGAGCGUCUCCGAAUUAAUCAUCGAGAACGUCGACUAUAUGAUCAACUCUGUUUCGCUGCGGCUCAACACGUUCGAUAUAUCCCCAGCAUCCACGAAGGUGUUGGUGAUGAUCACUCGCCUAACCGGGUCGCGACUGUUGCCGUACCUCGACGACGUCGUGGCCUCCAUUUUCGCAGCCUUGGACAACUACCAUGGUUACCCAGCAUUUGUUGAAAGUUUAUUUGCAGUGCUUAAGGAAGUUGUAGAGCAAGGUGUGAAAUCUGAUAAGCUUCUUCUGGAAGGCCGACAAAAUGGACCAGAGAGUCACAAAAAGGCCGCUGGUAGUCACGUCACAAUUGACGACAUUGUCAAUUUAUUGAAGAGACGUCGGGAAAGAGAGACGGAAGCCUCGAUCGACGAUGUAAACGACACGACCAAUCAUCAUCCUCAAAAGCCUUGGGGUGCGAAGGACCAAAAACCCGAAGACGGCGGGGCAGAAGAAACUGACGAGGACGCUGUGAACAACGAAGUCGAAAAGGAGAAACCACCCAAGACACCAACGUAUACCCUACUGGAGAAAAUCGCCGGCUUGACACAACACUAUCUUACUUCACCCAGUCCCACGCUGCGAAAGUCGUUGCUCGACCUACUGGCCACCGUAUCUCCAGCUCUUUCAGGCGAUGAAGACUCCUUUUUGCCGCUGAUCAAUGCUGUAUGGCCAGUGGUGAUCACCCGGCUCUACGAUGAGGAGGCGUUUGUGACCAUCUCAGCCUGCGAUGCCCUCUGUGCACUCUCCGCCACCGCUGGAGACUUUCUAGCCUCGAGAAUCAAGACAGAGUGGUGGGACGGGCUGGGAAAGUGGUGCCGAAAGAAAAAGCUAGAGGCUAUCCAGUCUCGAGGCAAGGGAAGUACGCACCGAGAGAGUACUAGGCCAGGCCAGACCGCCGCGACUACGAGUCAGGGAAUCGUCAUUCCCGUCAUGACAGGAAGCGAUCGGCUAAGCUAUCAAUCCGCAGAGAUAACAAAAAGCUCGGUAUCAGGCGGCUUGGGCAAAUUCGCUCAAUCUGCGCAGAUCUGGGAUUCAGUGAUUCGCAUGUUGACAGCUAUCGUUUCACAUGUCCGUCUUGACGCUGAGAUAUUCGACGAAGUGCUGGAUCUUUUGAGCGAAGCACUUAGCCAGAAAGUUGAAGCACGUCGUGCUUUGGAAGCUGUCAAUGGUGAUGCAGUCUGGCUAGCCAUGUACCAGCAGGGACAGGUCAAGGCCCCGAGCCUACCGAAACUAAGUGGUGUGACUUUUGCACCCUUGACGACGCUGAACUGA